CUACGGGAAGAGUCGGAAAGGGUAAGGCGAAAAGCCAGAAAGAUGAGUUUUUGCUGUAAAUGCCUCGAGAUAUUGAUCGCAAUCCUUCUUCCACCACUCGGGGUUUGCCUCCGCCAUGGCUGUUGUAGUCUCGAGUUUUUCAUCUGUCUAUUCCUCACCAUCCUGGGCUACCUCCCUGGCAUCAUCUACGCUGUCUACGUGAUCAUCAGUGUUGAUCCUGAUCGCUAUCGCCGUGACUACUGGCAUCCCAUCAACAAGUAGUCCUUGAAGUAUUCUUCAAUGAUCUUUUUGGGAGUUAGAUUUUUCUCGGGGAAGUUGGCUCCCUUUUCUUGAUUAAAUUCGUUUUUCUUCUUGUAAGUUUGCUUGGAACUUUGAUGGUUAAGUCUAUGAAUCUGGACCAUAUAUACUGUUUUGUCAUUGUUUUGGUGCUAGAUCUUCCAGCAUUUCAAUUGAAGAUGUGAAUGCAUAGGUGGAAAUAGAAUGGAAAUUGAAAAUUGCAGGAAUUGGGAUGAGAAGUAUCUCAAUAAAUCAGAUAUUUAUUUGGGCAUUCCUUGUUAGACAUGAGAAA